GCCGUCGCGAACCCCUACGACCGCGACGCGGAGAAGGCGGCGCUGGAUGCCGCGACGCUAAACAAGCACGGCCUCGACCUGCUCAAGCGUAUCAUCGCGCCGUCUCUGGGGGAUGUCAGGACAGAGGAGGACUUCCACGCCAUCCUCGCCAGGGCGCGCGUCAUCGUGGUGACGGACCUCGGCGUGCAUUGGCGCGUGGCAUCCGCCAACCUGCAGGAUGGUGCAGAUUUCAUGCCGUGGCCCAACCCCAGGGGCCCCGACCUCUUCGUCAGCGAAGUGCGGGACACGACGUCGCCAGCCAUCCGCCCGCUCCCCUCAGACUACGCCGAAAAGAUGGCUUGGUCGAUUGGGUGCAUGAGCAAUGUGGUCGCGGGCCUUGACGUGCCCACUAUUUCGACUGUCCAUGUUGCUCCUAUCUUCGGCGAUGGCCCUGCGCGCGUUGUCUCCGCUGUCGGCAACGUUUCAGGGUUCGAUCCAGGCGCGGCCAGCGCUCCGCCAGCCGCCGCGGCCGCUUCGGCGUUUUCCCAGCCGCCAACCGAGUUGUCCCAGGAGGAGGCCGCGUUCGGCUUCGGCGGCGGAAUGGACGAACCGCCAGAAGACAGCUCGCGCGCCGCCAGCUCCGCGCAGCCCAACAUCGUUGGGCGUUGCGGCGAGCUCACUAAGGAGGACCAGGGCGAGCAGCUCGCGAUUUUCAAGAGCCUCGCCAAGGCGCGCCACGGUGCGUUCGAGGACUUGUCCUCGCCUCUGCCAGUGAAGAGGGCGAGGGGGCUCAUGAUGGGCUGCGGUGGUCCGUUGUCGCCCGUGGAUGCCGAUGAGCAGAGGGCGAUCUUCGCUUCCAUUGCCGCCUCGGCCCACGGUGAAACGAUCGACGUCGAGGAUGGCGACGGUCUGUCGGCAGAGCUCGCGCGCGUGCUUGACGAGGGGGGGCCGCCCUCUGAGUCGGCGACGGCGCGCCGCAGCGAGGCCAGCGGCGUCGCCGCCGUGGCGGUCAUUGGUGGGGCCGUGAAUGGGUUUCCUGGUCCUGAAGACUUAUAUGGGGUAGUCGGCGUGACUUUGGGUUGGAUCGUCAUGUGGUACACGUUCUUGGGCAACCAGAUUGCGUUCAAGUUCGCAGAGAUGGAUGAGAGUCAGAAGCAGACUGCCCUCAACAUUGCUGACCGCGGUGUCAUCAAUACGAUAGAGCAAUGUAUCCCGUUCUUCCUGGUGCUGUGGUUGCAUGCGUUGUUCGUAAAUCCCAGCACUUCUGCAGUGCUCGGGUGGAUCUACGUGGUUAUGCGAUACCUCUACCCGGUAUGCUAUGGCUUAUAUGGCAAGUUUAAUAACAUGGUCGAAAUUCCCUGUCAGGUCAAUUUCGCUAUCAUAUUCUAUCUGUUUUGGGCAAUCGUCUACAAAUGCGCCAAGGCCUCGGACUUUCACACGGACUUGCUCAAUAGCCGACAUUGCACACUCAGCAAGUCGUGGAUCGCGGAGAAGAGUUUUCUCGCUCGGUCAGACGGGAUGGUGGCGACUGGCAUGAUCUGGUCUCUUGUGUUUCUCGGGCUAUCAGGCGCGUCUGGCAUGCAGCUGGCAACGAGCGGCUGGCUCGAGAACGUGGCGCAGAACGCGACGUCCGCGCGGUUCACGCGCGCGGAGUGCAGCACCUGGCAGGUGGGUCAAGGCUGCUGCACGCCACUGGGAAACACCGCGUCUGCGUGGACCUUCGCUUCUCAUGGGGUGCAUGGCACUUGGUCCAGCACCACCGCGUUCAUCCGCUUCGACUUCCACGACGAUACGAUCUGCGGUGGCGUGGCGAAUUCCAGGCAACACGGGAGCGCAGUUCUCACCUUGAACGACGCUUCGCCCAUCGACCUGACCCUUGCGAUGACAGGCGUCGCUGAGGCCAACUUCGAAAAGUUUGAACUGUACGUGGACAACGUCCUGCGCACCACGGUGCAAGCUUCAAACGGCCACGGGGGCAGCGCAUGCCAGGUCAGCACCUGCAUCAUGUGCGAUGUCAACAUGCCCUCGCAGACAUUCUCGCUUUCAGCUGGGCCGCACACAAUCAGGGUAGAGGUUGAUUCUCUCGACGGUCUGUUCCACAGGGGCGCUUACUUCCAGAUUACCUUCGGCAAAAGCAGCCCGACGUGUGGCGGAUGCACCUGCUCGGAGGCGACGCCCAGCCCGACGCCCUACCCGACGCCCUACCCGACGCCCUACCCGACGCCCUACCCGACGCCCAGCCCGACGCCCAGCCCGACGCCCUACCCCACGCCCUACCCGACGCCCUACCCGACGCCCAGCCCGACGCCCAGGUCUGACUCGGACUGCGUCGGCGCGGCCUGCGCCUCUGCCGCGGACUGCGCCCGCGACGCCGAUGCAAUGAUAGAUGCUUGUGACAGGGUUGAGUGGUGCCAGGGCGAGGCGGCGGACAACUGGGAGCUCGCCGAGCAGCGUGCGUGGUCCAACGAGCAGCUUCGGGCGCGAGCGCGGAAACUGACGGGGGAGCUGGCCGAGAGCAGCGCGGCCAAGGAGAACGCACAGGCGAAGGGAGCUGCAGACGCGAAGGCCCUCAGGGCCUGGAAGUCCCGGUUCGAGGCUUUCUCGCGCGUGUGCGACCAGGGGGGGCUGCGCAACGGCAUCGGCAGGAUGCCGCGCAGGCCGCUCCCCUUGCGCAAGAGGGGCGAGGACAGGAUGGGCCAGCGCAGGAAGCAAGCGGAGAAGGUCGAGUACGUGCGCCACGGGAAGAGGACCGUGAAAUCCCGCAGGGAGCGCGAAACCUGGCGCCGCAACUACGACAGCUUUCACGGGGAAACUGCGGACCAGAUGGUAGACCUGCUCCUCGAGGAUGGCGUCCUGCUUGACUGGGAAGGCCGCGCCUGCCCUCACUGCGGCGUGGGAACCUGCGGCGCGCGGGUGCAGGGUGACAAUCGCGGCCCGCAUUGGCGAUGCAACGGCGGUAGGCUGCGCGGCAAGACCGUCGACCCGUGCACCGCCCGCCCCGUCUUCAAGUCUGGCGGGGGUUGCCAAUCGUCGAGUUUGUCGACGAAGGCCGAGGUCCUCUCCUGCCUCGCGCUCGGCGUGACCACCGCCCAGAUGCACUUGCUGGCAGGUGCCAACCGCAAGAUGAUCGAGGGCAUGAGCGCGGCCGCGGCAACCGUGUGGGAGAUCUACGUGGAAAAGAACGAACCCAACGUUGUCUUCGGCGACGAAGCCCAGCGGCGCUGGUUCGACGUGGAGGCGGAUGAGUCGGUCUUCCGCGCCCAGCUGUCCGACGACGGUCGUUCCAGGACGUGGGAACAGUGGGCGGGCGUCGUCGAGCGCGGGCGCCCUGAUGGCCUCGUUCUGUGGAAGACCCAGUCAGGCGGCGCCGAGGCCAACGCGCCAGGCUUAGGCGCCAUCAAGAAUAUGGAUUGGGCGCCGUCCCUAAAAAGCCGCUUAGAGAACAGUGAGGUCAUCUUGCGCUCUGACGGGGCCCGCAGCUACAAGAUGCGCGCGUCGGGGCUCGUGCGCGACCACGUCGUGCACUGCGAGAAGCGGAAGAAGAUCGACAGGAAGUGGGCUUGGUUGAGGCCAGUCUACUCGAAGGUUGUCACCCGCAAGUUGCCCGGCGUCUCCAAGAUCAGGGUAAAGGCAGGGGCGCAGAUCAUCGACCGCGCCUGGAGGUUUUUCAAAACCCUCAUUGGCACGCGCGCGGACCUCCCAGGCAGCAGGCGUCUCGCGGCUUCGGUUCGCUCGGUCCAGUUCGAGUGCUGGAACAAGGGCGAGGAUAUGUGGGCGGCCACCGCGGAUGCCAUCUGGGAGGUCGCGGGCGCGGUGCAGUCGCUGGGGCAGGUUGCGUGCGACGCCGAGGGGGGCGGCGAGCUCGCCUUUGAGGAGGCGUCGUUGAUGGUCAGCGGUAGCAAGUUAGACUACCACCCCUCGAAGUGCGUCAAGAAAGGCAGGUUGGCUUUCGCUGGUGGCCUUUCUAUCUUCGACCUUCCUCUGCUACCGAUCGCGAAUUCGAGUGCCGCGAAGUUGGUCGCUUUCGCCGACGUGGUAUCCAACUACGAGGGCCCGAUUGACUUCGACAAGGUGCACGAGUUGUACGCACAGGGUAAGUUCAAGGACUUGCAGGAGCCGCUGUCGCUCAAGCAGGAGCCCGUCGUCCCGUGCACGAUGCAGAUCUUCAUCGUUCGCCAGAAGCCAGAGGACAGCGAGUGUUCGGCAUACCGCAUCCUCAAGGUCUUUUCUUUCGAGAAAAACAGAGCCGAUUCUGCGACCAUCCUCAAGUGUGCUCGCGGAGAGGCCCACAACAUCGACUACGGCCAAAACUUUCGGACGGGGUCGAUUGCGUUCCAGUUCAUGCUGGGGAAGCUCGAGGGCUAUCAAAUACGGUGCUUCACGAUCGAGCCGCAGCGCGAGCGGAAGCAGCCGCUAGAGGAGGACGAGCGCGCGCAGGUCAGCAGGGAGGGUUCGAAGAUAUUCGGAUGGCCUGCGUCCAAGGUGGAGACUGCGCUGCGCAACUGCCAGAGGGGCAGGACGAAUGCCAAACCGAUCUCGCGCUGGAGUUUGACGCUAAAGGGCUUCUCUGGCUGGUUCCUCAAUGGCGUCCUCCGCCUGAUGAUUGGCACACUCCGCAUGCACGGGGUGCCGUGGGUCGGGAAGUCCAGAGUUGGCAAGAGCAACGGUUCGAAAACGCUUGCUUGGGUUCAUUCGGCGCGCAGCAUACAGAAGAAGGGCGCCGCCGAUGAGAUCGCUUUCCUGACGGUGAAGCACGUGGAUUUCUUCAGGUGCGAGCCAACGACGGAGAUCCUCCCUGGCAUUUUCGACGACGGCCUGCUUCAGAAG